CCGUGUCAAGCCCCACCCUCUUUGACGUUUUGCCACAGCACAUCCUCAGCUGUCAACCUCAGAUCUUGGACGCAACCUCUCUCACGCUGACUGCAGCACCUGAUCCUCCUCCUCCUCCAGCUGAUCUCAACGGAGCGGUGACGUCACACGCCUCCAUCCACGCUACCGCUGCUGCAGCCGAAUCGCUCUGCUCUUCCUUCCAUCUCUCUGGAGUUCAGAUUUAUCUGGAACCUGAAGCACCUGAUACAAACAAAGUUGUUAAAGGGACACCUAAGGCUCGCAGUAAACCUACCCUAGUGACGGCUUACUCAAAUCAGUAUCACCAGGAUGUCAAGCAGAACAAUGAAUGUAGCACACACAUUUCUUAAUGAAAGUAAAAAAAUAUCAAAUGGAAAACCCUCGGUAUACCAGCUAAAGACUACACAAGCCCAUGGAACACAUAUAUGUAAUGUGGGGGAAGAAAACAACCAGCAAUCAAAUAAAGUUAUCUUACUUAUAGGUGCGGAGGGAGCAGGUAAAACCACUAUGGCCAAUGCAAUGGCUAACUUUGUCCUUGGAGUUAAAUGGAAGGAUCCAUUUCGUUUUACUCUUCUACAAGAUGCAAACCCAGGUAAUUCCUACCAGCACACACAAGCAGUCACAGGUUACAAGCUCAAUUUUACAGAAGAAUUUAAAAUCCCAUCCUCUCUUACCAUAAUAGACACCCCUGGUUAUAGAGAGACUAGCGAUGAAGAUGAGGACCAGGCAAUCACUGAGCAGAUUAUGGAAUUUCUCACUAGACACAAGGAUGUUACCAAGGUGGAUGCGGUGUGUUUUGUAGUUCAAGCUUCAUUGCUCACUUUGUCUCCAGCACAGAAAAAUGCUCUGAGGUCAAUUCAUUCUAUUUAUGAAAAGGAGACAAAGAUCAUUUUCUUCCUCACAUUUUCAGAUGAAGAGAAACCUCCCGUUUUAGAAGCUAUAAAGGCAGUUAAUAUCCACAAUUCAGUAGACAGCAAUGGUGACCCCAUUUAUUUCACGUUUAACAACUCUGCACUGUUUGCAAACAAUCAACCGCACGAGAAGAGCUUUCUCAAAAUGUUCUGGACAAUGGGAGAAGAACGAAUGCAGACAUUCUUUCAUUCGUGCUUUGAUUCUGAGACUAUUCUCAAGGAUCUACAGCCAAAGCUAAAGGCAGAACUGACAAAACUAGAGAAGACCAGGAAAACAUAUAAUGCUAUGAAGCAACAUCGUUAUCACAUAUGUGCAAACACAAACUUUGAUUAUGAGAUAGAAAUCAAUGUCCACGUUAAAGAGAAGGUAGACAAGUGUGUAACCUACUGCUAUCAGUGCGAUUUUGUCUGCCACUCUGAUUGUGCAAUUAAAAACAACGAAGAGAAAUAUGACUGUGUUGCAAUGAAUAGAAAUGGACACUGUACACAAUGUCAUGGUAAAUGUUUCUGGAAUGUGCAUAUAAAUCAAGACUUUAAAUGGACAUAUAAGCUUGUGAAAAAGAAGAAAAACUUUAAUGAGUUGAAGCAAAAGUAUGGCAUAGCUUCAGACGCAGCUGUGUCCGCAGAGGAAUUAUUUGAAAAAAUUGAUGCAGAUUAUUGGCAGAAGGAGGAAUCGCUCAUUCAACUUCUCAAUAAAUUGUCUGCAAACUUGAAACAUCUGCAUGAAAGUGCCCAGAGUACAAACGCUCUGUCUGAAGAAGAAUACAUUAAAAUGAUGAUUGUCACUGAGAGAAAGCAGGCGAUGCCAGGAUAUGAGGAGAGGAUCCGAACACUGCAAUACGUCCUCAUGAUAUUAAACAGGGAGGAAAAGCUGACACUCCAAGAGAAGGAGAACAGGUGGACAAGCGAGAUACAAUACCAAUGUGCUCCUGCACCAGCCGAAGAUGCAUGUAACAUUUUGUGA